AUGGAUAUCAUCGGACCAAUGCCAAACUCCCGUCAACGCUGCUUCGUGUUAGUAUUAACCGACUACUUCACCAAGUGGAUUGAAGCCGAAGCCGAAGCCUUCGCGCAGGUUACCGAGAAGGAAGUUCGCGGCUUUGUUUGGAAAAACGUUAUCUGUCGUCACGGCCUACCAUACGAGAUUGUGACCGACAAUGGAUCCCAGUUUAUGUCUGGAAAUUUUAAAGAUUUCUGCAACAAGUGGGACAUCCGACUAAGCCCCUCGACACCAAGGUACCCUCAGGGAAACGGACAUGCGGAGUCCUCGAAUAAGAUCAUCAUCGACGGGUCAAGAAGCGUCUCGAUCUCAAAAAAGGACACUGGGCCGACGAACUCGACGGUGUCCUCUGGUCGCAUCGGACGACCCCCCGAGGAGCGACUAAAUCCACUCCCUUCUCCCUCGCAUACAGAUGGAAACAAUGGCUCCGGCCGAGGUCAACGUAACAAGUCUCCGCCGAUCAAAGAUGCCUAA